AUGGAGCGUUUGUACGAGUGUCCCCUGCGACUGGAGAAGGGCUUCAUUUUGGAUGGGGUAGCCGUUAGCACAGUUGCCCGAGCUUACAGUCUCACGAGGCCCAAGCUGUGGUCGGCAAUUCCGCCCUACAACGCACAGCAGGACAACCACGCCCGCCGCUACUUCCAGAGCCGCGUAGUUCCACCCCUCCUGCGGAAAACCGAACAGGAUCACGGUGGCACGGGAAGGGAUGGCUGGAUAGUCGAUUAUUUCCACAUUUUUGGGCAAGGACAGAGAUACCUCAACAGGAGAAACUGGGCAGGGGCAGGGCAUUCUGUCCAGCAGGUGACCGGGCAUGACCAGUACAAUGCUGACCUGAAGCUGAUAACUGUUGGGUUAAAUGGCCGGUUUGGUUACCGCCGAAACACCCCAGCCCUCCGCCAGCGCCCAUCUGUGUUCGGAGAGGUCACCCAGUUCCCUCUCUUCUGA